UAAUCAGACACACUGAGGUUCGUUACUAAACUUAACCCCUCUCAUGACUGGAGUUGGUUGCGCCCGUAGAGCUGAACGCACUGCUGCUGCUUGGCUGUGGGAGUAAGUCCUGUAGGCUGCCCUUCAACCAGUGUCCUAUUGUUUAAACAGCGGAGCUAGAGCCAGCAACAAUUAGGAAAAUUUUAUGAAUAAGCAUCAGAAGCCGGUGCUCACAGGCCAGAGGUUUAAAACCAGAAAGAGGGAUGAAAAAGAGAAAUUCGAACCAACAGUGUUCAGGGAUACCAUCAUCCAAGGCCUUAAUGAAGCGGGUAGCGAUUUGGAAUCAGUAGCUAAAUUCCUUGACUCAACUGGAUCAAAAUUAGAUUACCGUCGCUAUGCUGACACACUGUUUGAUAUCUUGAUUGCUGGAAGCAUGCUUGCACCUGGAGGAACUCGUAUAGAUGAUGGAGACAAAACCAAGGUGACCAAUCGUUGUGUCUUUGGAGCUAAUGAAGAAUAUGAAACCAUGAGAAAUUAUGCUCAGUGUUUUCUGCAGGCUUCAUGGCCUGGGUGUAUCCUAACAGAAGGCAGUCUGCAUCAGAGCCUGAUUUCAGAAACUUUAAUAACAGCUUCCAAGGUCUUCAGCAAAUUAAUUAGGAGAUAUAAAUACUUGGAGAAAGCAUUUGAAGAUGAAAUAAAGAAGCUGCUCCUUUUCCUUAAAGCUUUUUCUGAAACUGAGCAAACAAAGUUGGCUAUACUCACAGGAAUAUUAUUAGCAAGUGGAACCUUGCCAGCCACGAUUUUAACAAGCCUUUUUACAGAGAACAUAGUGAAAGAAGGUAUUUCUGCAUCAUUUGCUGUAAAGCUUUUCAAAACAUGGAUGGCAGAAAAGGAUGGCAGUGCCGUGACAUCAUCCUUACGAAAAGCAAACCUUGAUAAAAGAUUACUAGAACUUUUUCCAGCAAAUAGGCAAAAUGUUGAACACUUUGCUAAAUAUUUUACUGAUGCCAACCUGAAAGAGCUUUCUGAUUUUAUAAGAGUACAGAAGUCACUUGGAACACGUAAAGAACUUCAGAAAGAGCUACAGGAGCGCCUAUCUCAGGAAUGUCCCAUAAAAGAGGUAGUGCUUUAUGUGAAAGAAGAAAUGAAGCGAAAUGAACUGCCAGAAACAGCAGUGAUUGGACUCCUGUGGACUUGUAUCAUGAAUGCUGUUGAAUGGAACAAAAAGGAGGAGCUGGUUGCAGAACAAGCUCUCAAGCAUUUGAAACAUUAUGCUCCUCUACUGGCUGUAUUCAGCACUCAAGGACAGUCUGAGCUGAUCCUUAUACAAAAGGUACAAGAGUACUGCUAUGACAAUAUCCACUUCAUGAAGGCCUUCCAGAAGAUUGUUGUACUUUUUUAUAAAGCUGAUGUGCUAGGUGAAGAGGCCAUAUUGAAAUGGUACAAAGAUGCACAUAUUGCAAAAGGGAAGAGUGUUUUUCUUGACCAGAUGAGGAAGUUUGUCGAGUGGUUGCAAAAUGCAGAAGAAGAAUCUGAGUCAGAAGGUGAGGAGAACUAAUCCAAGCACAAAUUCAAGUCUUUGUUAGAUAACUCUGAAAUGCUGACUGACCUAUUUGGAGGGAAGAGACAUUAACAAUUAUCGCCUAGCAAAUUCCCACGUAACUAGGAAUGUUGGAUUUUAAAUUGAGCUCUCAGACAUUAGGCGCUUCAAUUGGAACUCUACCUCUGGUUUAUAAUACACUAUGUCAAACAAAGCCAUUCAGCCAAGAGCCAUAUUGAAAGCAAGAAAUGGAAUCUCUGUGGACUCCUUUAUUAGUUUGUUUUGAGUGUCAUGUGAAGAAAUUUCCAUUCUCUGGCGUACAGGUCUUUAGUCUGUGAUUGUAGCUCAAUAAAUACUUGUUAUUUGGUAAAAAAUUAACACAAAACAUUUUUGUUUAAAAUAAAAAAGCUUUUUACCAUA